AUGGCAAAACGGCAAGAUCACAUCUGCAGAAACAGAUCACAAUCAGCCUAUACACAAUUGUGUAUGGUGAAAUCCAGUGAGGAUGUCCAGUGGUCUCAGGACCUUGCGCCAAGUAUAGAAGCAAAGCCUCAAGUUGUUAUUCUGGAACGGCCUGAGGAGGAACAGCAAGUAUCCAAUAGAUUAUCUUUUACACUUUCUGACCCUCUUUUGCAGUCAUCAGAGCUAGAAGACUGGGUUGAGGACAGUGAAGGCUGGGAAGGGGAAGCUGAUGAAGGAGAUCUGGAUGCUGUCCUGCGAGAGAAACGACAGUACGAGAGGGAGAGGCGGAGACAAGAACAGCUGAGACGCAAAGCUGAAAGAGAUGCAGCCCGGACAAAUAAACUUGUUUCUAGCAAGAUUGCUACAAAGAUCUCCUAGGGAGGGUUGUUUUACUGCCUCCAAAUUAUAUUUGUAGUUGUGAUGCACAUAUUUCAGAUUACUAGGGUAGGCACUCACAAUAAUAAAUUACAAAUACACACACACACACACACACACACACACACACACACACACACACACACACACACACACACACACACACACACACACACACACACACACACACACACACACACACACACACACACACACACACACACACACACACACACACACACACACACACACACACACACACACACACACACACAUAUAUAUAUAUAAAAGAAGAAUUACAGAUGCACCACAGCACAUUGUUUCCUUCCAUAUCCACAAUCUCAUACACAGAGUGCCUAAUGCAAUCUUUGAGACUAAAGUUAUAAAUCUUUAUAUUAAUAUUAAGUGAAUAAGAAGGAAUAUUUAAGUGUUUUUGCUAGUAAAGACAUUAAGUUUUAGAGGAGUAAUUUUUUGAUGGUCUUCUAAAUGUUGAUAUUGACAAGCAGAAGAGAGGAUGUUUUUAUAUUCAGGUUAGUCUUGGCAUGUCAUGCUAAAGCUCGUGUAAUUAUUUAGGAUGUUAUCUUUUGGUGAAGAUUAUGCUCAUGUUGAGAAUUACCUAGGGAGAGUACUAUGAAUGUUGUGAAGUCAAAAUAUAGAAGUACUAUUGUUGAUUGAUUUUUAAAAGAAAGCCCUUGUAUUUUUCAAUUUUUAUGAUAUGAAUUAUUGAUACCAUGUAAUAUGUAGUGUCAUAAAAAAAGAAAUUAACAAACCACAAAAUAUUUCCAUUGAGUCAUGUUAUAUAUACUUGAAUUAUUGAAUGAAUGGCUUAUUGAAAUUUGUGUAUGUAGACUGCAAAGAGAAGGGGAAAAACUACCCAACAUUAUUUCUGAAAUGAUAUGAAGGUAUAGAGGUUAAUUUAUUGAGAUAUUUAGAUUUCAAAAAAAUUAUAUUUAACCUCUUCAAUCCAGGUAACGUGACCAUCACGUCAUGAAAAAAUUUGGGUUGAGGGCCAUGGGCUGGGCAAAGUGCAUAGAGUCUUGUCACCACACAUGAAUGUUUGUGUGUGCCCGGCCUACGUGCCACACACCCGGCAAAGCAGCCAUUUUUGUAACCUAAUGGCCAUACUUUCGUCCAUGUGAUUGCUGUGACGCAACUGGAUUCAAGGGGUUAAGUGGUUCUUUCCUGCUCUUGAUAUUUGUAUAGUUAUUUGCUUUCAUAUUUCAAUACAUUUUUGACAGGUGUUUGGUGUAUUGCAUAAAGUUUUUUAUAUUAUUAAUUAUUGCCAUUUAUAGAACAUGCAAAUGGAACUGUUAUAUGAAUCAUUAGUAAUUUACUGUAGAGAUAAAAAAGCAGUUACAAGUUGAAUUACCAGAUUGAUUUAGUUUUCCUGAUACUUAUGUAUCAUUUUCUUUGUUGGUUAGUUAGUCAAACUGAUAAUGUGUGGUAUGUGAAAGUUAGACAAAAGAUUAUUAUUGAUUUUUUGUCUUAUAAAACAGGAAGAAAAGCA